AUGCUUUCCUUGAGGUGUUGGGCGCCCGCAUUCGGUAUAGCGUUCGAGAGAGCCGUCGUUCUGCGCCCUCGAAAGUUCAACUCCUUAGUGGUUUGCGGUGCCAGGGGUCCGAGGCCGAGAUAUCCUCGCGUGUGGAAAACUGACAAGAGAAUCGGAACCGUUUCCAAGUCGCAGAAGCUUGUCAAAUGUAUUAAGGGUUUGUCUAAUGUAAAGGAGGAGGUUUAUGGUGCUCUUGAUUCAUUCGUUGCAUGGGAACUGGAGUUUCCCUUGAUAGCAGUAAAGAAAGCACUGAAGACGCUUGAGGAUGAGAAGGAAUGGAAAAGAAUAAUUCAGGUUAUCAAGUGGAUGUUCAAUAAAGGUCAAGGGAAGACCAUGGGAAGCUAUCAAACUUUAUUAAACGCUUUAGUCGAGGAUGGACGAAUUGAGGAAGCAGAAGAGCUAUUUCAAAAGAUAUUCUCGAGAUAUAUGGAGGGUUUGCCACGUGUUUUUUUCAUGAAAAUAAUCUCCUUAUAUUACAGAUUGGGGUCAUAUGAGAAGAUGUUUGAGGUUUUUGCUGAUAUGGAAGAGCUGGGUGUUCGACCUGAUACCUCGAUUGUCAGGAUGCUCGGUGAUGUAUUUAUGAAGCUAGAGAUGCUGGACAAAUACGAAAAGUUAAAUAGGAAAUAUCCACCGCCAAAAUUUGAAUAUCGAUACAUCAAAGGAAGCAUGAAUCUUGACAAUGAAUUGAAAGAAGCGCCAAGAACAGUCCUGGACAUGAAUGUAUUAGGCAAUGCGGCUUCUGGAGACCAUGAAUUUGUAUAG